AUGAGUGCCGAAACCGGAUACUUUGACGUUCUUAUCGUGGGCGGUGGUCCUGCUGGCCUUACAGCAGCUCUCACUCUUGCCCGUCAAAACUACAGCUCGGUCAUUUUGGACUCCAAGACCUACAGAAACGACAAAGCUAGCUUCAUGCACUUAAUUCCCGGUUUCGAUCAUGUGAGACCCUCCGAAUACCGCGAUAAAGCCUUGGGAAACAUUCUCGCCAAUUAUCCACAAAUCACGAGCCACGAGGCGACCAUUAUCAAAGCCGAGGGUCUCACACCUGGCGGCUUUGCUCUCACAGACGAAGCUGGAAAAAUAUGGUCUGGCAAGAAGCUGAUUUUGGCAAAUGGUGUUGAAGAUAUCUUCCCUGAGAUCGAAGGUUAUGCCCAGGCAUGGGGAACUGGAAUCUUCCAUUGUCUCUUCUGCAAAGGUUACGAAGAAAAGGGCGCUGAUUCAGUUGGGGUUCUUGCCAUCGGUGGCCUCUCCAGCGCUCCCUUUGCUCUCCAUGUUGCCCGGCAGGCCGCUGCUUUUAGCAAGUCGAUCACUAUAUACACCAACGGCUCCGACGACCUAGUUAAAGAAGUCAGUACUGCUGUUGGAGAGACAGACAAGUUCAAGGUUGAAAACCGCAAGGUUGCUUCUAUCUCAAAACUAGAGCCCAAUGCAUCUGUUUCUAUCAAGCUUGAAGACGGAACUUGCUUGGUCGAGGGAUUCCUUGCGCACACACCCGAGACAACGCCCCGAGGCUGCUUCGUGAAGGACCUCGGAUUGGAACAGACUCCCAAGAGUGACAUUAAAGCAGGUCCUCCCUUCUUUCAAACCAAUAUCCCGGGUGUAUUUGCGGCAGGUGAUAGCUGUGGAAUGAUGAAGAACGUGCCCAAUGCAAUCUUCUCAGGGUCGCUGGCUGGAAUGGGAGCUUCAGCUGCGCUGUCACAAGUUGUGAAAAUUAUCCUGCCCUUCCUCUCCUUCCUCUUCCUACGAACGACCCAAGCCAUGAAGCCAAAAUCCUUGCCCAGAGAUCAGACGACCUUGAUGGAGCAAAAAAUCAACCAUAACCCCCUCUGGUCUUCCAUUCAAAACUACGCAAAAUGCCAAGCAGAAUCAAUCGCCUGCUCUCAGGAGGGUCAAACAUUGAGGUAUGGAGAGCUCGAAUCCGCCUCCUUGUCUUUGGCUGCGCUGUUUCAUUCAGUUGGAAUUAGGGCGGGCGAUACGGUUCCCGUUUUUGUCUCCAGGAAUCUGGAGACGGUGGCGACAAUUAUAGCACUACUCAGACUCAGUGUCUGCUUUGUUCCGAUGGACGGGGAAUCCUGGAGUCAAUCUAGAGUCGAUUCCGUGUUGCGGGCUGUCGAACCGAAGAUUGUUAUCAUGGCCCAGUGGACCGAUCUUCGAGCAAACGAUACCCCCGUUAUUACGACAAAGGAGGUUCGAAAGGCAUUUGAUGAGGAACAACCGGAUUCUUGCGCAGAAUUGAUGGCAGGAAUUAUCGAUUGUGCAGGGAGCUCAGAAGAGCCAGUCUAUAUCAUCUUCACAUCUGGAACGACUGGAACCCCAAAGGGGGUGAUGAUUUCUCGCAGAUCCGUUGAGAAUUAUAUCUCACAAGGUAUUGAUCGCGGAAUGCCUUUCAACUUGGGAGUUCGCAACCAUGAUACGGUGCUGCUUUUGUUUUCUUUGGCAUUUGAUGCGGCCUGGGGUGUCUUCUUUAGCACUAUCUGUCAUGGUGCUCAUCUAGUUCUCUCAGAACCUCAAAACGUGUUGAAGGAUGCAAAGCGAUGCACGAUUCUCCCUGCGACACCGUCACUUCUAGCCACUCUCGGAGACCCCGGACAAUACAAAAACAUCAAGUCAAUCUUUCUUGGCGGGGAAUCGCCAAAUGCAACGGUCCUACAAAAGUGGUGGAACGAAGGAGGAGUAAUCUACAACUGCUAUGGACCGACAGAAGCAACUAUAUGUGCAAGCAUGGCCGAGAUAAGACCUGGUAUUCCUAUUAAUCUGGGCAACGCAAUGUCCGAAACGCAGCUCUUGAUCUUGAAUGACCAACUGGAAGAGUGCGAUGAAGGGGAGCUUCACAUCAGUGGGCCUGGUCUCGCGAUUGGGUAUUAUAAAAAUGAGGAUUUGACAAGCGAGAGAUUCUUCGAACGGAAUGGGAUUCGAGUUUAUGCCACUCGUGAUCGAGCUCGCCGAAGUCCUGAAGGGAUUGUCUUCUGCGGUCGAGAAGACAGCAUGGUCAAAAAUCGAGGCUUUCUGGUCAAUCUCGAAAUGGACGUCAUUCCCAUUUUAGAAUCAUAUCCUGGUGUCCAUGCUGCUGCUGCUUUCAUGCAUCAAGGAAAGCUGAUUGGUGCAGUAGCCCCGGAGAUUGUCGAUGUAACUGAGAUGCGCCUUCACCUGUCCGAGAACCAUGAUCAAUUCAUCGUGCCUGACCAGAUCUUGGCGCACAAGGCACUCUGCCGAACAUCAAAUGGCAAGAUCGAUACACAAGCAUUGAAGAAUAAUUUCCUUUCUACCAAUUCUUCUGAUGUCGUGUCUCUUACAGACUCCCCUUGUACGAAAUUACAGGAGGCGGUUGCUGAGACUCUAGGUCUUGCAGUUGCAUCUGUGUCAAUGAAACGGAGCUUUUGGGAGCUUGGGGGAAACUCUCUCUUGGCAAUCAAAUUGAUGUCGUCUCUGCAUCAACAAGGGCGCAUACUCCAGUUUCACGACAUACUUCAUCCGACUCCUUUGUCGGUGCUGUCUACAAUGGUAAAGCCAAUUGAAGCAAACGAUAUCACCCCCGACCUAGCGUUCUCGAUAAAGACCGAGCAGACAAUGUCGGCUCCAAUUACCACAACACAAAUGGGAAUGAUCAGAUCGUCAAUCCGACACUCUGAAGCGAGUUACAUGCUAGUACGCGUUGCUUUGCCUUGGAAGCCCAAAGCAGGAUAUGGUGAUCAGAUUAGAGUUGCAUUCGAAUCAGUCAUGAAGAGACAUACCAUUUUUUCAACCUACUUCGACAUGGCAGAUGGAACCCAAAAGCUGGACGCGAACUUUCAUCAUGACUGGCAAGAGCAGCUUCUGACCCAUGAUGAUAUACCUGCCGCUGUUAAGAGAAAGUCUUGUCGUUUGUUUGAAUCCACCCACCGAGAAAAUGACGAUCACACCUAUAGACCACUGAACUCUUUCCGGGUCAUUGUCAACCAAAGUGCAACCGAGGCUAAUCUGUUAUGGCUUGUACAUCAUACCCGUGUUGACGGAUGGUCCAUGGGUCUUGUCAUCCAAGAAGUUCAAGAAGUUCUACAAGGCAAUAAUUUGUCUUUGGAUCCCUCGCAGUUUUCGCAAAUAGCGAUAGCUCUUCCGCAGCACCUCAAUCUAUCCCGCCAAGGAGGAUUGCAAUUCUGGAAGGAAGCGAUGUCGAAAGUGGUGGAGGCCACUCCAUUGACACUGCCCAAACCAAUUGGAAACACAGAGGACAGACAAUUGGGGGAAGCAAGGAUUACAAUAAACCUUGGAAUACCUUCAUUUAAACAGAUCUCACGCAUCAAUGGUGUUACAUCUGCAACUGUGAUAUACACCGCAUGGGCCCUUCUUCUGAGGUCUUACACAGCACAAGAGCAGGUCGUUUUUGGAACAGUCUUUUCUGGACGCCAUUUGCCGCUUCCCGGAAUCGAAGGGGUCGUGGGACCCGUGAUCAAUAGCUGCCCAUUACCAGUGUGCCUGACUGGGCUCAGCACCAAAGCAUCUCUGCUGAAAUAUGUACAAGGGUUGGAGCUCAAGGCUAGUUCUCACCAAUGGUCUGCCAUAGAAGCACUCCAAGAGAUUACACAAGGGACUUACUCAAAGUUAUUUCAAACAAUGCUAUUUUUGGAAUAUGAUCUUCCCGGCUUCACCAACAGAGAUUGGAAGUUCACUCGGACUGAUGUCCCUGAGUUUGGGCUCACGAUCAUUAUUCGGCAAGAAGACGGAAACAUCGGACUCAAAGCUAUAUUUGAUCAGAAUAUGUACAUCAAGCCCAUGAUGGAGAGAAUGAUGACGCAUUUCCGGAAUUUGUUCCUCGCCAUACUUGAUCCCGCUUGUGACACCGUGGCGCAGAUACGGAAACGAAUGCUUGAGCCUUGCGAGGCUCUCUCUCUGACAACUGCAUCGCCAGAUCUCUUGACUCCGUACUUUGGUCCUUCAAAUCUCAAGGAGAGCUUUGAGAAUGGGGUUGAUCAGUGGCCGAAUGACCUGGCAAUUGAGUCUGGUACUCGAACAAUGACAUAUAGAGAAUUCGAUUUACAGGCAAACCGUUUUGCCAGAGCUGUUAUAGCUCGGGUGCCACCGGGAAGUGCCGUUGGAAUCCUCAGCGACCGGAGUGUCGAGUGGCUCGUGGCUGUCAUCGGCGUCAUAAAAGCAGGUGCAGUAUACGUUCCACUGGAUAUCAAACUGCCACUCGAACGAAUGCAAAUCAUGACUCAAACCGCCGAUGUGCAAGUUUGUGUGUUUCCAAACGACACAUGUUAUGCCAAAUUCAGCGAGGCGUUUGCUGGAGAGAAACUCCUCCUAUCGGAGUCGAUGCAAACUUCCCAGGAAUGUGCUCGAUUGGAAAGAAGCCCAAACCCAGAGGAUGUUGCAUAUAUCACUUUCACGUCCGGAUCGACUGGUGCGCCCAAGGGAGUUCGCAUAAAACAUCAAUCAGUGGUUUCAUAUCUCUCAUACGGGCCAGCUCGAAUGGAUGCCCGUCCAGGAAGACGUCACUCACAAAUGUUUUCACCCGGAUUUGACGUGAACCAGGCAGAAAUUUUUGGUACACUCUGCUAUGGCGCUACACUUGUUCUAGCAGAUCCCGUUGAUCCCUUCGCGCAUCUGACACGAGUGAACGCAACUAUGAUCACUCCGUCGUUUUUGUCAGUAUGUGAGCCUGAGCAAUUUCCGAACCUUGAUACUAUUCUCUUUGCCGGCGAAGCUGUGCCCCAAGUGCUCGCAGAUCAAUGGGCUGAUACAAGAACUGUGUAUAACUCGUACGGGCCGUGCGAGUGCACCAUAGGGUGCUUGUUCCAACCUUUGCAACCACACAAGGAAGUGACCCUGGGACACACGAUUCCUCGAGUGGGAGUCUAUCUCCUCGAUUCGGAAAAUAAUCCAGUUCCAAUCGGAGUACCUGGCGAGAUUUGUCUAAGUGGUAUUCAGAUUGCGGAUGGCUACAUUGGAGCAGAUCGGCAAGCCUUGUCGGAAUCACGAUUUAUUCCCGAUCCAUUUGUGCCUGGACAGCGCAUGUACCGAACUGGUGAUUGUGCUAUCUGGACAGAAGAAAUGGAGCCAAAGUUCCUCGGGCGAUUUGAUAAUCAAGUCAAAGUCAGAGGAUAUCGGGUCGAGCUGAAUGAGAUUGAGAAUGUUAUACGGCUUGCCAAUCCAGGUGUUCGACGAGCAGCGGCCAUUGUCAACAUGGACAAUAUAGUGGCUUACAUUGAGCCUGAUACGAUCGACAUUCCUGCUCUUCAAGCAGCUCUUCGUGCCAAGUUACCUGGAUAUGCCUGUCCUUCCGCAAUUUUGGCACUUCCCAGUCUUCCAACAAUGCCGAAUCAGAAGCUGGACCGCAAAGCGCUGCUUUCAAUUUCUCAUGCGAAACAGCCCAAAACAGCGAAACCAUUGACGAAGAUCCAGCUUUUGGUCGCUCAGGCUUGGAGGGAAGCAAUUGGUAUCAGCCAAGAUAUCGAAAUCAACGCCAAAGCCGACUUCCUGGAGCUGGGUGGGAAUUCCCUCAGCCAAAUAAAAGUGGCACAAAUCGUUUCGCGUAAACUUUGUUCCAAGUUACCGCUGAAACUAUUUAUCUGGAACACAGAAUUAUCAGCGCUAAGUGAUGAGAUUGAGAAAUGGUUGGAAUCUGCAGAGAAAUCGUCGCAAAAUACUUUUAGGGCGGCUUGGAGAGACAUCCAAUCGCCUUUUACCAGCCCCUCGGACUUGGAGAAUGAAUUUGUUCGCCUUUCAUUUGAGUAUCCCUCUGAGACCUUCAAUGUCGGCUAUAGGCUGCAUCUUAGAGGCGAUGUGGACAUUGAAACUCUCGAAAAUUCGAUUGAGUCUGUUAUGUCUCACGAGCCAGUUCUCAAAAGUCGCUUCCAUGUCAUUGCAGAUCAGGUCCUGCGGGGCCAAUCGUGCACUGCGUGCGAAAUAACAAGAGGAAAAAUGAGCGAUCUUAAUGUUGAAGCUUUCACUAAUCAGUCAUUUGAUCUGUCGACUGGUCCUCUGACCAGAAUCAAUCUAAGUCAGAGUCUCGAUGGCGUGGAGAUGCUGUUUGUGCAACAUCAUGCCGUGACAGAUAAAGCUGCCAUUCAAAUUCUCUUUCGCAGGAUCCGGGACGAAUAUUUGAGCGUUUUGAAUGGAGAGGCGAGAUCGAACGAAAGUGCAGAAUCCACACAUGUGCCAGACUAUACAAUUUGGGCUCAAUGGAAAGAUUCCCAACCCCAGAUAGGGAUGGAUGAUCCAAAUGUCGUAUAUUGGAGGUCCCGGCUCGCAGACAUGCCUGUCCCAUUAUUCAGGAACCUAGAUGGACGAUCGAAUUUUGUUGGACACUCCAUGUCAUUCGCAUUGAAGACAAAAGCAAAUUUCGAAGGCUCAAUGGAGCUGUAUCUUGCACUGACUGCAAUGACUCUUUCGAAAAGCCAAGAAGCAAGGGAUAUGAUCAUUGGAAUACCUCACGUCGAUCGUACCGAGCCUGGUACGGAAAGCCUACUCGGCGUAUUUUUAGAUCGACUACCAGUGCGACUCAAUGUGGAAUCCACAUCAUUGGCAUCCUUCUCGAAUAUUGUCAGCUCAGCACAAGCAUCCAUUCGAGAUGCGUUGGCUCACUCUAUUCCGUUGAAGAGUAUUCGCCAAACUUUGAGCUCACAUGAAAUAUUCCAGGUCAUGGUUGUGUACAAUCGACGCAAGGACUCGAUCGCAAGCGCAUUUUGUUUGCCUGAUGUGCUUGUAAAGGAAGAAACCUUAAGACCGACUGGCGCCAAGUUUCCUCUUUUAAUCGAGUUCACCGAGUCCGAGGAAUGUACGAUCUGCGAGUUUGAGUAUAUGGAGAAUGUAGUCCAUCCAACCACAGCUGGACAUAUUCGAGAAGAGAUGGAAAAUCUUGUGAACGAUCUUGGAAUCUGGUUUGGACUUUGA